AUGGUGAUGCAGACAUUGCGCCUGGCCACAAGGGAUUACAUGGACACAUGGAAGCCCGAAAAGCAAGAGCCAGCCCAGGAACUUGAGGAGCAGAGCGAGCAUCAGGAGGCCCCGCUCUCUGAGGAGCUUGUCGGGGUUGCACGCAGCGGCGCAGAGAGCGUGAAGCCGAUCCUGCAGCAGCUCUACCGCACGCGCGCGGCCGCCUACCAGGAAGCUGUCAGCAGCUUCGUGCAGGGCUACCGCGAGGGCUUUGCCGGCCUGCCGGACAGCGAUGAUGUGGCGGAUGAGUCACCGAAGGGAUCGCCAUCGGACGCAAGCAGAGCGCCGCCUGCCGACUCCCAAGGAGGCACAAUCACGAAUAACAACAACAAUGGCGGAGGUGGCGCGACCAACAACAAUAACAACAAUGGAGGAUCAGCGACAAACAACAACUACAACAGCUAUGUGGCGCCUGCAACUCCAGUCCCCACACCUAGCCCCACACCUAGCCCUCCCCCUUUCUGCCUGACCCCUCAGAAUGCGCUGAAUGACCAGUGCAGCUGCUACUGCCCCUGCCCCUCUCCGCCGCCCCCGGCCUCGCCCCCGCCGCCGCCGCCGUAUUACUCACCCACUCCCACUGGUGGCAUUGUGAACAACAACAACAAUGGCGGCGGUGGCAACAACAACAACAACAACAAUAACGCUGGAGGCGGUACAAUCACAAACAACAACAACAAUGGCAAGUAGAGGGUUGCUGCUUAAACAGGGGUAUCUUUUUCAGCAUGUGGAUGAGGAAGGCUUCACGUCUCACAAGAUGACGUGCACCUUAUGAAGGGAAUUUGCAGGGGAGUCUCAAUGGCCUGUCAAAUUUUGUUCUUGCUCUGUGCAGGCUAUUAGUGCUGACAUACUUUUGACCUUGGACGUCCUAUUAGAGAGUUCUCCCGCAGUUUACUCUAGAUAGUGCAUGCAAUGCAUCCAAUGGAUUUUGCUCAAGACAUGCUUAAUUGCUCUUAGAUUGCAAUUUGAUGAUCUUCCUGCUUGGACACUGUCAUCUGUGCGCAAAUUGAGUGCAAAGACGACGCUGCCUUUUGGUGUGAGUUGGUCUUGCAAGGCCUCAAGACGGAAACACUGUGCUCGCUUUGAUGGAAGUGCAUCUGGGCCCAAGUACCUGCUCUUCCUGUGCUGAGAUUUUGUUAUAUACAUAUUGCAGCAGAUCAAGAUGGAGGCUGCAGUGCAAAGAAACAGAAAUGAUGCUAGCUAGUCAACUCUAAGCAUUCACUUAAUCCGUCAUCCAUGCAUGAUGCAUGCAAAUGUUGCUCCUCGUGUUGCCUCAUUAAUGUUUGACUGAGAUCUGACUUCUGAAAUCAAUUGAAGGUUUGG